AUGGAGGAGAUCAGAGGUGGAGUUAGUUUGAUUAGUCCAUCCCAAACGAAGAAAGAAAAAAACCAGUCAAAAAAAUCUAAAGGAAGUAACAGAGCACCUAAGAUUCCCAAUGUUAUACCCAAGAAAGACCAUUUUCAGCGGGUGUCAUAUUUAUACAAACUAGGGGCAAUGAUGACGAUGGCAAAAUACGUUGGAGAUUAUGAUGAACAUCAGCAGAAACAACGAGAUACUUUGUCUAGAACAUAUCUUAAUCAAAUGGAUUUGGUCAGUAAAAAGGCAGUUUUGAAAUUACAUCCAAGUAUCAAACGUACUAUAUGCAAGCAAUGUUCGAGACUUUUAGUGGAAGGUUUGACUUGCAGUAUACGAGUUGUCAAUGAGUCUAAGAGGCAGCAGCCCCAUUGUGACGUUCUUGAACUAAAGUGUGUGUGUGGGCGAGCAAAAAGGUUCCCCAUUGGAAAGAACUUUGACUACUCUUUGUUCUCUGAAAGAGAGAAUGUUCUUCAUGAUAGUAUAUGA